AUGAGGGGGAUUGUUCGGGCUGUCCUGGCAGGGGCGCUGCUCUCCAGCAGCGUCUUGGCCGCCGACGUUCUGGAAACCAUUGGCUUCAGUACCUGCGAGGACAACACCAGCGUCUCGGUACAGCGGGUCAAGAUCAAGUACGACAAUGAAGCGAAGACGGUCUCGUUCGACGUGGCCGGGUCCAGCGGCUCGGUACAAAACGUCUCGGCUAUCCUCAGUGUCACGGCCUACGGCGAGGACAUCUACUCGAACUCGUUCGACCCAUGCUCGCAGGAAACGUUUGUCGAGCAGCUCUGUCCUGUCCCUGCUGGCACUUUCUCGGCCAAAGGCACGCAAAAGAUCCCCGAGAAGUAUGCCGACCUCGUCCCGGCCAUCGCCUUCCAGGUGCCAGAUAUCGCGGCUAUGGCGACCUUGAAGCUGCAGUCGCUCGAAACCGGCAAAGACGUGGCCUGCAUCCAGUCCCAGGUGACCAACGGCAAGACGGCCAGUGUUCCCGCGGUGUCCUACAUCGCGGCCGGCGUAGCAGGCGCUGCUCUUAUUCUCGGAGGCGUGUCAGCUGCUGGAGCUGCCAUCGCCGGGGGUGGAGGUGCGGCAGCGGGAGGAGGGAGCUCAGCAGGCGGCAUGGGCACGCUGAGUCCCAGCUUCACGGAAGUGUUUGGCUGGUUUCACGGCAUGGCCGUCAAUGGGAUGAUGUCGGUCAACUACCCGCCCGUCUACCGCAGCUUCUCCAAGAACUUUGGCUUUUCGACUGGGCUGAUCCAAUGGGAGCAACUGCAGACGUCUAUUGACGGUUUCCGCGCCGCGACGGGUGGAAAUCUGACCGAGAAUAGCAUGGCCUUCCUCAAGAAGGCGACCCUCGUUUACCCGGACGGCUCUUCGCAGGCCCCUCCAAGCCAAGGGGGGAGCAGCUCACUACUGGGGAGAGCAGCCGAGCAGUUCGUCCGGCUGGCCGCGCGCGAGAUCGAAACAAGCGUCAACGGCACCUCGGGCGACACAUCUGCCGGGCAGGAGGAGAACGGCGCUGAACGCACUGUCCGCGUCACGGUGUCGGGUAUCAAGGGGUACGCCGAGCAGCUGAGCAUCCCGUCGGCCAACACGUUCAUGACGAUUCUCCUCAUCGUGGCUAUCGUGAUCGCGGUCAUUGUCGUGGGCAUCUUGCUGGUCAAAGUCAUCCUCGAGUUCUGGGCGCUCUUCGGCAGCUUCCCACAGUCGCUCGCCGGGUUUCGGAAGCAUUAUUGGGGUUCGAUCGCACGCGCCAUCACGUCGCUUAUUCUGCUGCUGUACGGCAUCUGGGUGUUAUACUGUGUGUUCCAGUUCACCCGUGGCGACUCGUGGGCGGCCAAAACCCUGGCCGGCGUCACGCUGUUUCUGUUUACCGCGAUCCUGGCCUUCUUUUGCUGGAAGAUCUGGGCCAUUGCACGCAAGCUCAAGGCGCACGAGGGCGACACGGGCGGGCUGUAUGACGACAAGGAAACCUGGGUCAAGUACAGCCUGUUCUACGAAUCGUACCGCCGGGAUUACUGGUGGAUUUUCAUCCCCACGCUCUUCUACAUGUUUGCCAAGGGCUGCGUGAUCGCGGCGGGCGAUGGGCACGGCAUGGUGCAGACGGUUGGGCAGCUAGCAAUUGAAGGGGUCAUGUUGAUUCUGUUACUUUGGAGCAGGCCGUACGAGCGCAAGUCGAGCAACAUUAUCAACAUCACCAUCCAGGUCGUGCGGGUGCUGUCCGUCGCGUGCAUCUUGAUCUUUGUUGAGGAGUUUGGGAUCGCCCAGACCACGCAGACCGUCACGGGCGUGGUGCUGAUUGCUGUGCAGUCGGCGCUGACGGGAGUGUUGACGAUUUUGAUUGCGUGGAAUGCGAUCAAUGCGUGCUGCAAGAAGAAUCCCCAUCGCGCGCGGCGGAAGGAGAUGGAAAAAAUGCAACGCCGCGACACCCUCACCCCGCUCGAUGCCCGAAACUCCCUUCUCCUCCUCAACAACCCCAAGUCCGGAUCGGACUACUUCUCGUCCAAAAGCAGCAUCGUCCCUCUCGUAUCAGUCGAGUCCGACAAAUCUGUCCCACCCGUUCCCCUCGUGCCCACCAUCACAACCUCCAGCCACGGCACCAACGACAACAAGAACCACUUCAGGAGCAGCAGCAACUACAGCCACUUCUCCAACACCGGGCACAUCAACUUCUCCCGCGGCGGUGCUCCUCCCCCCACCUCCAACGGCGGGUAUGCCGCGUACAACAAGCAGCACGCUCGGGAUCCAAGCCGCGAGAACCUUGUUGCGGCAGCGGCGCCGCCGGCCAGGGGAGGAGAUAAGGGCCAUCAGCAUACGCGGAGUGCUAGCAGUGGGAUUAGUGCGGUGGGAGGGAUGAAUGGGGUGAGUGGGAUGGAUGUGUUGAUGCGGGAUCCGACGGUGCCGAAUGUAGGAGUAGGAGGAGGAGGAGCGUACGGGAACUUUGGAGGGGGAGCACAAAGUCAAGGUAGUGGAGGAGGGUACGGUGGUUUUGGGGGCGGAGGAUAUAGGAGGUUUUGA